GAAAGAUUAAUAAUGACGACGGAAUUGAUUCGAUGCAAAUGAUCGAAUUCAACAGUGCCGAGAUGAGUGAUUCCUCCUUAGAAUGCAAUGCUGAUGGUAUCGGCGCUAAGUUUAAGAAAUACUUUAUCACUAAAAAACAACUUACAGCAGCAGAUAGAAAAAAAGGCAAAAAAGAGCGCAAGGUACGUCAAUUACGCCGACUUCGCCAGUGGUUAAUGCCAAAGAACCCCAUUGUAACAUUGCAUGAGCUGCAAGGACCUGGAAUGUCCCAGUUUAUUGUUAGUACAAAUGGGCAGCAAACCACGGCUGCGAUAAUUAUCAAUAAUGUGAGAUAUGAAGCUACUGCAGCAAACAAAUCUCUUGCGAAAUCGAAGGCUUCAGAGAAAGCCUUGCGCGAUUUGGCGAUUUCUCAUAUGAACAAGGUGAAGCAGCAAGGAAAUGACAGUAAUAUGGAUGUCGAAACAACCGAUUCCCUUGAAUCGGAUGGCAUGCCUAUGAUGCAUCUCGCAUCAUAUGCCCUGUACAAGUUGUUUACAGAAUGGCAGAACGAAGGGUUUGAGAUCCCGAUGCUUAGAUCCAAACCAAAAGCUACAUUGCAGAAACCUUUGGCUUCAAAACACCCUAAAACUAUGGCGGAUCUACCAACUGAUGCAGCCACACGUCAUCCAACUGCUCUGCUGACUUAUAUGCGUCCUCAAGUCCCGUACGAAGAUCUUGGAACGGAAAAUCAUAUGUUGGGCAGUAUAUUUUUGGCAGGAAUCACGGUAGAUGGAUUACAUUUUGUAGGCAAGGGAAGGUCAAAGAAAUUAGCACGGAAAGCAGCUGCGACAGACGCUUGUAAAAAGCUGUUUAAAAUUGAGUUUGAGCGCUGUGCGUUGGAAUAAGGGAUAUAGUAUUU